UUGAGAAUGAACGGCCAGAAAAUAUGGAGCCAGUCCACGACGGCCUUCUUGAAUAUCAUCCAAAACCAACCAAAGACAUCAUGGAGAAUUUGAAGUUAAACGACUUAGGAAAAUUUGUUUCUGGCGCUUUAAAGAAAACAAGAGUUGACACUGUGCAGCGGUCCUUAUCUGAGAGAUCAACCAUCUUGGAGGGAAACAUUGAACAUGCGAAGCAACUUGUAGAGUGGAUGGAAGAUAAGAAGUUUAGUUGGCAACUUUGUUAUCGAGCUUCACGUGAUGGUUGGGGCGCAAGCGAGUUUCAUGCAAAGUGUGAUGAUGUUGGACCUACAGUGACCCUGGUGAAAUGUGGAACCAACAUCUUUGGUGGUUUUACUGAUCAAAGUUGGAAUAAUAAAGCAUUUGUGCAGUAUAAACGUUCCAACUCGUCAUUUCUGUUUUCCUUGAAAAAUAAAGAGAAUAUGCGGCCAUUUAAGUAUCCGAUCAAGGAUGGUCAAAAUGACAAAGCAAUCCGCUGUUCGCUUCUCUGGGGAGCAGCCUUUGGUGGUAGUGAUCUGGUCAUCGGCUCCAAUGCCAACAGAAACCAAAAUUCAUUUAGCAACCUUGGUUACACAUAUCAACCUCCUCCAGGAUAUGAACCCGGAGCCCCUCAAACCAAAGCUCUGUUAGCUGGCAGCAUCGACUUCACCCCAUCAGAAAUUGAAGUUUUUCACAGUUAAAACGAAGGUACUCACAUUGGCUUCUUUCAACGGACAGGCAAAAGGGUAAGAAUAACAUCAUUUCUGGCUCUUUGUAAACCCACGAAUACACCGCUUUUUCAGCUUUUGUUUCAACUAGCCUAGUGACAAGCCUCUUCCAACAACAUCAGUGAACAAACUUCGCAAAGCCAUCGAUAGAACUUCUAGUUUUGAUGAGAUAAACGACAUUAAAGUCCUUACAACUGCAUGGCAAGCAGUCUGUACAGUACAGAGGGGAUUAAGAAGGGAGACUGUGUUGUAAUUUGCCUUAUUAUCAUAAUUUAAAUAGCUGAGCACCUUCCAGAUCCCAUGGCAGAAUAAACACAAUAGAAUCAAAUCGCAUGCAUUUUCU